AUGUAUGACAAGGUUCUGUCAUUUUUCGAUGAUUUUCAAAUAUCCAAAGGGAUUAUUCCUAACGAGAAUGGCUUCAACGAGUGUGCCAAGUGCUAUUUUAGUAUAGGUGAAGAGUUUUGUGAAUGUUUGUUUCUUGAAGAUUUGAGAAGAAGGCAAUUCGAAAUGAUAAUUUACCGCAGCGAGCCAAUCACAUUCGAUCAUGUGUCACUAGUAAUGAAUUCGCUUGGAAAAUUUCACGGCAUUUCGUUCGCGCUGAAAGAUCAACAACCAGAGAAAUUCAAAGAAUUGGCCAGUCUAUCAUUUGAACAGUUUUGGGUAAUGUUCGAUUCGGAAACUAAACAUUAUUACUACGGUAUGAUGAGACGUAUGACAGCCAUUUUGGAAGAGGAAGAACGAUUCGAUUUGUUGGAAAAAUUCGAGGAAGCAGUUGGAACCGACCUAUUGGCAACAGUCAAACGGUUAGUUUCCAGUGCAUCGGCUGAACCUUAUGCGGUCAUCUGCCACGGUGAUCUAACGACCAAUAACUCGAUGUUUCGUUAUGACGAGCAAGGCAAAGCCGUUGAAGUGCAAUGGAUUGACUGGCAGUUUACUCGUUAUGCUUCACCUAUCACCGAUUUGGUUUUAUACUUAUUCUGCUCAACAACCAAGGAGCUGCGUGAUCAACAUUUUGGGAAUUUCCUGAAAAUUUAUCAUGAAAGUCUAUCCGAAUUGUUGACAAGAUUGGGUUCUGAUCCAGCGAAAUUGUUCCCAUUUGAAACAUUUUUGGACCAGAUCCGAAAGUUUGGCAUCUAUUCAAUAUUCGCCGGUGCAUUGCUAUUACCUAUCCUUUGUGCUGAUCCAGCUACGAUUCCGAAUUUUGAUGAUGUUGCAGAGAAAUUAGAUGGUGACGAGUCAUUUUUCGAAAACAUCUUCCGUAUUCCAGGUGAUUCAAAACAUGCGUAUAAUAAGAAAGUCGUAGACCUCUUUGAUGACUUGAAUCACCUUGGAUGCAUGGAAAAAGUUGCAGAAUAAUUAUAUUUAAUAUUUAGACAUCUGUUUGACGAACUACG